AUGGACGCGGAGGCUUUGCCGGGACGCGCACCCAAAGACGUGCGCGAGCUGGCGGUGAAAGAGAACAAAAACUCGCGUGCGCUGGUUGGAAAUGGAUCGGAUAACUCGACACCGUCGCUGAGUCCGGGCGCGGCGGCGGGUGAGAGUCCGAAGAGCGGCGAGGCGGGCGAAGCGCCGAUAGGAGACGAACAGGCGGAGACUGGCGGAGAGCCCCGGGCGGUGGCGCUCGACAUUUCGAGCCCAACGGCAGUUGAUGUCGAGGUUCCGACGCCUCGGGGUGUGGAUCAGAUGAGUCCGGACGGUUUGCAGGGAGACUACAGAACGUAUAAGGAGGCGGAGUGCCUGUACUGCGGCGACAAGCAAAUGUUCAAGGGAUGGAUCGCGUUCAAGAAGCACACUCUCGCGCUUUGCAAAGCCAAGCCCGUGAACAGGAGUGUUGACGAGCUGAAGAACGAUGUCUUAAAGUACUGGAACAAUAUUCCGAAUGUGGACGCGACCGAACUUGCUCAAGCUCUCGCGAACGAUGCGGACGCGACCGAUGACGAAAGUGAGGAGGACGACGAGGGACCUCGGAGCGGGGAAGUUCGGAUUCGCGCGGAAGUCGCGACAGGAAACAACGAUAUCAGUGAUAGUGAAGACGGUGAAGGAGGCAGAGCGGCGGCGAGACGCGAAAACCCGGGGACGUUAUUUGACGACGUUUUGAACGCUGACAACCAAAAUACGACAAAGCAGGCUUCACAAACCAACCGUAAGCGUCGUCAAGCUGGACGCCCAUCAAGGUACACGAUCGAUGAAGAAGAUGACGAUCAAGAGUACGAUAUCAUACCCGUCGCCACGCAGGAAUAUCCUGAUGAAAUUGCGUGCUCGUGUGGCUUGUGUGGGAGGACGUUCAAAACCGUGAGGGGGCGAAAUGUACACGCCAGCCGAUGCGCUGGCGUUCGCGUCGAAAAUGCGCCGGCUUCGGCGUUUGUAAAUGCGAGCUCUGGAGAACAUGUUUGCGAUAAAUGCGGAAAAAUGUUCCCAACCUUUGGUGGCCUCAAGUUGCAUCGUGUUCGCUGGUGCAAGGGCAUGGUGAGCGACAACGGUGCAGAUAUCGUCUCAUCGAAGACUUUGGUGUCAUCAGGGUCGCUCAGAGAGAUGGAGACGACUAAGAGGGCUCGACGAUGCUUAUUGCGGCAGUCAGAGGACUGUGAUCAUGCGAAUACAAGCUUCAAGACGUUCAAUGCGCUUCAAGAACACAUGGAACAGUGUCACGGCGUCCGUGUCGUGCUGCGUGGAAAUACGACGGACUCACAGCUGGUACAAGUCCCGCAGAUUUUUGAUGAAGAAGAAAACGAUGAAGAGCAACGCGUGGAAGACGUGCAUCCACCAGAGAGUGCGGAAUUUAUGGUCAUUCACGGGAAGCGGAGAGCGUGCACAGAGUGUCAGAAGAAGAUGCUUUCCUCGAAGGCCCUCAUCGAUCAUUACCGCAAGGCACACGGCAUUUGGGCUUACACGAAUGAUCGGAAUCUGCGCGGGGUGCAACAAGCACAAGCCACACAGGAACCCGACACGAUCACGCCAGUAAAACCAGCAUCUGAUAAAAGAAAUGGCUAUUUCGUAGAGCCGCGAAAAUGCGAGUGCGGAAGGGCGUUCACGUGGCCGCCUGCUUGGGCUGCUCAUAUCCGGAGAUGCAACGUGUGGGCAGCGAAUGGAUCUGGCGGAAACCCGAGUCAAGUAGCCGCUGGUGUACGCCAAGCACGCGUCAUGGAACCUAUGAGGGAAGUCGAGCUUGAUAGAAGUUGCCGCUACUGCCAAGAGUGCCCCACCGGUGAGUAUCGAUGCAAGUCUUUCAGGCAGUUGUGCGACCACUACAAGAAGGAGCAUAACAUUGUGCUCCUUGCGGUUCCCGGAGGUGAAGAAUUCGAGGAAGCUGAUGAGAUGGAUGCCGCAACAGAUUUGGAAGAAGUAGACGAAACGGAAGCCGGCGAAGUCGAUAGUGCAGGAGCGAAUGAUGUGGAAGUGAACGGUGUCUCGCAUGAGCACGCUCAAGUGGAAAUGCUCAACGGCCAUCUGGACUGCACAGAGUGCGAUUUCAGAGGCAAGAAUCACAAAGGUUUGAAGGUGCACAUGAGGUUGGUGCAUAAUCUCCAAGUUAAGUCGAUCGAACCGCCGAUUACGCGACCGUCAAAGCGUCUUCGUGCUGACGGGCCAGUCGAUCAAGGUGCUGCUUUUGAUGAUGACGUUCUCGUGCCAGUGAAGUACACGUCGCAGAGAGACUCUCGGGCUCUUGUUACCGUGACUUCACCCAGCGCGAUGAUCGUGGCAGAGGCAGGUGAUAACGAGCAACUCGUUAAAGCCUUCAACAAGCUUUCACAGGAUCAUGCGACUUUACUGAAAACUACCGAAACUCUACUUGCUCGCGUGCAAGCGCUUGAGGCGUCUGCGCGCGCGCAAAUGCGUGGUGGUGACGCUUCCGCUGAAAUACAGCGAAUCAACCCACAUGAGUACGGCUUCUCCCCGAUCGUUACUUUCGGCCGUCACGUGACGCUCUGUGGUGUCACUGCGUCCGACGAAGUCGAACCAACGACCACCGGUCAAAUGCGACAGGCGAUGGUGAACUUAGUCGAGCUUCUCGUGCAAGCCGGCACGGAUGCGAUGCACUUGCUAAGCGUCCACGUUUAUAUCACUGACAUCCGAGAACAGUUCAACGUGUCCAAGGUGUGGGAUAAGUUUUUCUCUGACUGCGGUAUCGAUCAAAAAGAUCGACCAGUGAGAUACAUCACACAAACUUUUGCUUCGAAGGACGCAAUGCUGAGGGUCGAGCUCGGUGCUCAAGCAGUGCUGCCCACUGGACGUGCGUUGCCACGGGGCGUGCCCAAGCCAAGCGCACUUGCCGUCGAGUGA